ACUACGGACGCAUGGGAAUACUUCGUUUCCUCGGCCAACAGCACAGCGUCUUAUCAAUCUGCUGUCCUUGUACAGUGCCGGGAUACUGUAGUCUCCUGUUUAUAGCGAGGAGUGAUCUCACAUAGGCACUGAUAGGAUGCACUGUGCCACUAUAACGUCCAAAUGGAAGCCGCAGCUCCACACUUCUCCAGAGCACGUCUGAGGAUAGAUUACUUUAUUUAAAGAACGGGGACGGUGGUUUUCUUUCGGAUCAUAAAUCUGUAACUUGCAGAAUUUCGAGCGUCAUCGUGGACACAUUUUGGUGCAGGGGGACGCAGAGGAGACUACUACCACCGCUUGCAUUUGCACAAAGAAGCGCGUCCGGUUGGAUUUACGCUGCAGUCUACUUCACGCCAACUGCAUUGCCACAACUGUAUGAGAAAAUGUAUCUAUCAUGAAACUGUGCGCAAGCAGCUUUUCUCAUGAACUCUUCCGUGGAUCUACAGACUUACAUCCACAAGUGGAGCGUUUUUCUGCCUCCCGGCAACAGAUAAAAAUCACUUCACAACUACCAUGGGACAACGUGGAGGGCUAACUAGAGGAAAUGUUGUCCACACAAGUGCAGUGAGAGAGCAGGACAGUGACUUCCAGAGGGCACCUGCAGACGAGUGAAUGCCGUCUCCGAUGUGGAGCUUGUCGCUGUCCGACGCGCGAGUGGUGCUGAAAUUUGGAUGAUGCCUGGCCAGCGACUGCAAGGCUGCCGCUCCCUGCACCUCAACGAGGACAACGGCCGCUUCGCGCUGCUCGCCCUCCUCAUCAUACUGUACCUGCUGUGCGGCGCUGCGGUCUUCUCGGCCAUAGAGAGGCCCUCGGAGCUGCGGGCUCACGGCCGCUGGAACGGGACGCUCCUCAACUUCAGCGAGACCUUCAACAUCAGCCUGCAGGACCUCAACUCCUUCCUGCGGGAGUACGAGGCUGCCAUCGCCGCCGGGAUCCGGGCUGACGCUCUGAGGCCACGAUGGGAUUUUACAGGGGCUUUUUAUUUUGUUGGAACUGUGGUGUCGACUAUAGGUUUUGGGAUGACGACGCCUGUGACAAUUGCAGGCAAGGUGUUCCUAAUCUUUUAUGGGCUUCUGGGCUGUGCUGCCACCAUCCUCUUCUUUAACCUCUUCCUGGAGCGAAUCAUCACACUGCUGGCCGUAGUGAUGAAGGCUGUGAGGGAGCGGCGAAUCAGGAACAGCGGUCUACUCCCGCCAGGCAUCCGCCAUGACUUCUCAGCCUACUCCCUUCCAGGCUGGAAGCCCUCCGUGUACCAUGUGAUGCUGAUUCUAGGCCUGUCAGCCAUUACUAUCUCCUGCUGUGCAUCAGCUAUGUACACCCCGGUGGAGGGUUGGGGUUACUUAGACUCACUCUACUUCUGCUUUGUCACCUUCAGCACCAUUGGUUUUGGGGACUUUGUCAGUAGCCAAAGCGCGGCUUACAAAUACCAAAGCCUCUACAGAGUGGCCAACUUCCUCUUCAUGCUAAUGGGUGUGUGCUGCAUCUACUCGCUCUUUAAUGUCAUCUCUAUUGUCAUCAAGCAGGUGCUCAACUGGAUGCUGGAGAAAAUGAGCUGCUUGUUUUGCCAGCGCUGCAAUAAAGCCAGCGCCCUCCUGGGCAGACGCAAUGCCAUCCGCCCGGGCUCUAAGGGUCGCCAGGGUCGGGUUGGCCAGCCGCCUGACUCAGAUGGACCUUGUGAUAGUGACACUGAGGGACGUAGACUAUCAGGGGAAAUGAUCUCUAUGAAAGACUUGGCAGCCUCUAACAAGGUGUCACUGGCCAUCAUGCAGAAGCAGUUGUCCGAGUCGGCCAACGGGUAUCCCAGGACAGUCUGUGGCAGCUCACGCCAUAAUGGUUUCUCUGGAGGGGUUGGUGCCCUCGGGAUCAUGAACAACCGGCUUGCAGAGACGAGUAACUCCAGGUAGACACAGAGAGACAGGAAAUAAAGUAUGGGAGUUCCCUAUUCGCACACUGUGUAACCUGAGGUUGAUCGCCAUAAAAAAAAAAAAAAAAUACAAGGCUUUUGAAAAGGAUUGCCAACGUAACUUGUUAUGCAUGAUACAUAUGAUUUUUUUGGAUACUUUUGGUUGGAAUUACAAGCCUGUGUCCAUAAUACCGAUAAUGAUGGUGAUGGUUUGAGUGAUGAUGGCAUGAAGAGAGAACAAAAAAAGCAGAAGUUGAUCUGGAAGCAAAGAAACCCCUGAUCACCCAUUUCAUUAACCUCAAACCCAACCCAGAACAAAUCACUGAAAGUCUCUUAAAUGUAAGUUUUAGUCUGAAGAGGAAUGAGUCUGUUAUAUACGAUCGAUAUAUCAGACUUAUAUGCCUGAAAUGUUGUGCUGUAAAGGAGCCAAGGGAAGCAUACAGUGCAAUCUUCAUAGUUUUGGGCUUUUGCCAGUUUAUUUGAAUGUACAUAUUGAAUGCUGAUAUAAACAACUAGUGUAAUCACUGAAUGAUAUAGCACAUCCUGAUCUAUGCAUUAUACUUCUCAUGCAUUUUUUUGCACCAUUUCUAGACCUUCCAUUGAUUGUGCAAAUCCUAUUUUUUCUCAACAUGGGUCAAGUUUUACCCUCAGGUGAUUGAUUUCAUUUCUGGGGGCAAGUGGCUGCUGGGAUGCAGCUGCUUUUGACAGGACUUUAGUGAGGGGCGCUUUUCCAGUGUGCCACACUAACGGGCUACAAAGAGUAAUUUACCAUAGUGCAAGAUGGCGAAAAGAGCAGAGUUGAAGAAUGAAAAUCCAUUUCUCGUGAGAGAGGAACUGGCCUUCUUAUCGGCUCAGAAAAUGCUUUGGCAGCCAAAGACUUUGACUUGAAGGGUAAAAGAAGGGACUUGCCAUCUCUUUCUCUCUCUUCAUUUUCAAGCUUACAGCUGCCUGCAAGGGAAACAAAUGAUAAAGGUUUGUGUUGUAUUAAUUACUCCUUUAAUGCAGAACAUAGAGUGAUGUAUUUGUAAAACAGAAUAUAUGACAAGUCAGUUUAUGUUUCUUUGAAGUGAAAUAUAACAGAGAAGAGGGAGGUGGCGAAGGAGGCAAAAUAUGGAUGGUUUUAUCCCGUAGGCACAUUAUGUUUCAGUAAAUUAUGCAGAUUGGAAGUAGCCGGGUCAAUGUCAGAUGCUGGAGUGGAAAGCAAAACCCUGAAGGAUUCUCUCACUUACACUAACUUAUCUUUUGUGGGGAUUUUAGGUUUUCAUCAAGGGAGAUUUCAUGGCAGAUACAUUGCUCACUCUGUAAAACAAAGCAUGAUCCAAAAGCCUGCAGAGGUAGAUUGUCCUUGUGUAAAUGUAUAGCCCAGGUUUAAUGGAUGGAGGGUGUUUGCAGAGGAUAUGGUGCUACCCUGUCAGGCUUCACGAUCGAUGCCCUCGUUGCCGGAAACUAUCUCUUCCGAGGCAUCGGUGAUUUAAAGCCAUGUGAUGGUGUUUGAUGUUUCGAAAAAACAAGACAGAGGAGCAGACGCUAUUAGUUAAACUGUCCAGGAGGCAGUGAUGAAGGAAGACAACUAGGGCGAGGGACUGGUGACAGCAAUGGAGGUAGAGGAGGUGGCAUUAAUAGACUCCCUUCAUACCCAUGCCCGAUUCAAAUCAAUGGCCUCUCUUGGCCAAGGGCUCAAUGUUUCCUGGCGUCCAUCUUUAACAUCUAAUAUGCUCCCAGGCCACUCACCUCGUUUUCUCUGUCAUCUCUGCAUUCACUUCACACACUGCACCAAAACCGCCUGCUUCCUUUUUCUCACAGAUCUCAGCUCUCUCCUCACGCUCAUCACCCUUACACUGUGAAUAUGAUGAGACAUGCCAUACUUGUAUAUAUAUAUAAAUAUAGCAUUGGAAUGUCUUAAAAAUCGCUUUUACAAAAAGGCGUGAAUUGGAUCUGGAUCUUUCCUUAGUUGAUUUUCAUCCUGUUUGUGCAUAGAUCUGAAUAAUUUCCUUUACUCCCCAGUCUCACCAAGAGGAAUAUAGAAAAUGACUCAGGUAGUUAAAUCUUCAGGCUUGUCUUAGUAUUUACUGCAUGCCAAUAUGGUAAAGCCAUACAAGAUAGCUGUAUAUAAAACAGAGGACUUUUUCAAGUCUAUUUUUCUACAUAUAGCUUUCAAAUAUCUACCUGUGAAUGAUUGAAGAAGUCUAACUGUCACGUCUCUCCCACAGUCAGUCAGCAGACUGACGAGAUGCAGCAUCCAGAACUUAACUACCUUCUAGAAACAUGGAUACUGGAGUUAUAAGAAGAAUACAAGCUUUCCUGAUAUUAAAGAGUAGUUUGACAUUUUAAGAAUACAUGUUUGCUUUCUUGCUGAGAGUUAGAGUAAGAGUUAGAAGGUUGAUAUUACUCUCAAGUUUGUAAGGUAAAUAUGUAGCUGGAGCUGGUGAGUUUAACAUGACGUAAAACCACAAUGACUAAUUUUUACUCUUUGGUGUUUGUACAGAUUUAACAAAUGACAUAUAAGGAGUUGAUUAGUGAGCUUUAGAUGUGCUGGUAGGUGGAUUUUGUUACCCUUUGGACAGAGCCAGGUUUACGUCUUUCCAGGCAAAAUUAGCUUCACUAAGUUUUCUUGACCAUGGCCAGUAACAUCCUGGAGUCUCUGCUUAUUAGGCUACCUUGUAACUGGUGCUGGCCAAGAAAAAGCCUGGCACAUAACCCUCUGUAAAACUAUGAAUUGUUACUUAGAAAGCUUUAGAACUGUCUUUAUUGUAUGUUAAGCUAUGGUUCUGUUCUGAGGUAAUGCUAAAAGCUACCUACACACACAUCUAAAGCUCACUAAUUAACACAUUAUAUCUUGUUUGUUCCCCUGUUUCCAGUCACGCAAAGCAAGGGAAAAAAAGCUACUGCUUCAUGUUUACUGUACAAAGAUUAGAGUGGUAUCAAUCUUCUCAUCUAACUCUGCAAGAAAGCGUUCCUUUAACAAUUCCCAACAGAGACUCUUUGUGUUGGUGAUGUGAUGUGAAGCUUGCAGUGCUAGGGGGAGUUCAUGUGUUGCCACGCCGUUAGCAGUGACAUUGCAGACAUAGAAACAUGUCAAGCCCUGGGACAUUUGAGCAGGAGUAUGGGCAUGCUGUAGCAAAUUACAUUCUGUUGUCAGUGGUGUUCCUCCUGCUAUCAUAUGUCAGGAGUGGACCUUUUUUUCUGGCACUUCUCUAGAAUAAUGAUUCCUGAAUGAUGCCGUAUGUGAACCUUCAUUGUCCCUCUGAGGCUUAAGGUUACAAUGGCAGAGGUUUCAGGAUUGCUGACUGAUUUUUUAAAGCCUGUGUAGCUUUUGGAGUCUAGCUAGCUGCAUUGUAUCCUUAACUUCGACAAGGGGCAUGUGUGUGUGUAUUCACUUGUGUGUCCAACCAAGUGUGUAAAGGACUGAAAUUGAGAAUUAAAGGACUGUGAUAUGUUAUCUUAAAUGCGUACCUAAACACAAGUCCCCCAGGAAGGUAUUCGACUUAAUAUAAUAUCCAUUAAAAUGUAUUUUCCUUAAGCCUGAAACACAUCAAGCUUUUAAGACACUGAAUAUAGUAUUUAGAGUAAUGUUUGCUCACCUAACAUGCAUGCGUGGCUUGAAAUCAAUUGCCUUACUUUAGUCCUUGCAUAUUACAAAAAGGUUCCUUAUUGAAAAGAUUAUAGUGUGUAGAACUCGUGUGUUGUACCAUACAAUCUUUUUGCAUUUUGCAAAAUUGAUCUCCAUUGAUUGCAAUGGUUUUAACUUGCCCACUGUCCUCUGUAUCUUCUGUAAGAGGAGACAGGUGGUCUUAGGAUUUACUGUAUGUUUGUAUUUGUUAUCAGCAGAAAUGACUCUUAAAUGUGAUAUCUCUGGCUUUUCUUUUUAGUGUAAUUAAUUCCUUUCAUGUUCUCAUCAAACAUGAAAUUAGAUUGAAAUGAUGCAAAAUUUUCAAGCCCACACUAUUAAUAUGGGUGAACAUAGCAGACUUGGAUCACAGCGCUGCCUGAUUUGCAGUGAAGUUUUCAGCGUUAAAUUAUUCUUAAAUUGUUAAACACUGCCAGUCUUUAUUCAAGUCAACACAUAUUGUCGUGUAUUCUGACUGGGAAAUGCUCUGACUGCUCUGUAGUCAACAGUAUUUUGACUGUAAAAUAGCACCAUUAAAAUGUCAUGCUCCAUAGCCAUUACAAGCCCCAUAAUAAAACAAUUUGUUUGAAAUAAGCAGAGACUGGAGAUGUUGUUAGUGUUGAUCUUGAAGGCUGUUGAUGGUGCUAAUGGCAUUAUUAUUUAUUCAGCAAUGCUAUUAUUUCUUUGUGAUCGCAGUAUGAUACAUAACACUGUGCUCACUCCAGUUUCCUCGGAGGAAGAGUGCGUGAACUUUUUGUAUUUUGAGACUGUUAAAGCUGCUUCUUUCAGAAACAAAUUGUAUUUACAUUAAUUUGGCUGGAGCACAUUGGAAAUGGCUGUUACCAGCAGGCAGGUAAACAGCUGAGUGGCCCUGUAACAGAAUGAUGUAUUACUGCUCUGCUUGGCUGCUUCUGAUCUUUAACAAGAGUCACAUUGUUGGCUUUGAUCUGGAGCUUGAUUUCCAAAUCCACCCAGCAUGUGUGCCUGUUGUUUCUUUCGGAUGAAGACUUAUGAUAUGGAGCCACAAACUGCAUUCAGAUCUCAAUUUCAAAGUUACUUGAGGUGUCUGUGAUCCACAGUUAUGUUGACCUUUGGCUCUAUCGACAUCAACAUAAUUCUACACCUUGGUGUGUGUCUCAUGUUGCUUGCAUUGUGGUGUAACAUCCAGUUAAUGUAUGCAAAUUCAUUCUGUUUGCAAGUUGCACAUUUAUACCAAUGAUUGUACUUUUAUAUUUAUGUAAUUAAAAGUAAAACCUAUAUGAAACAAGAAGGAGUUCCAUUAAACAAUGAUAUU